AGAGAGAGCGAGAGAGAGCGGGCGGUGGGCGUGGCUUGGAGUGCGCCCGUCUUGGCCGCCGCUCUAACCGUCGUCGCCGUCGCCUGAGGCGCUGGGUCUCGUGGCCCCUGAGAGAGAGAGAGACGUUGCUCCACUUCGCCGCCGCCGGACCGUCGCUGCCCACCAAAGCCAGGAUUGUUUGAAAAAUGCCGAGGAGAAAGUUCGCUGAUGAAGAAGUAGUGAUGGGCCGGUGGCCUGGAAGUGUUCUGUACUAUGAAGUACAAGUAACUGGCUAUGAUGACACCACUCAUCUUUAUACUGUGAAAUACAAAGAUGGAACUGAACUUCAGUUGAAGGAAAAUUAUAUGAAGUCGGUGUCAUCUUUUCGGUUUAGAAAAAGCAGCUCUUCCUCAGGUUCUCCAUCAAGACGCAGUGGCAGCAGAUCUAGAUCGGGCUCGAGAUCUCGAUCACCUGGUCGACCAGCAAAACACAAAAGACGUUCUUCUUCUCAAAGCAGAGAGCCAAAAAAUGAAAAAAAUCUGAAUGAGGAGCCAAAUUUGAUUCCUUUGAAACUUCAUGAAAACAAUACCAACCAGUAUAAUGGGGAGCCAGAUAUCACAGAAGUGAAUUACUCUUCUCCUCGCAGCAUUUUAGAGCGCCAAAGAAUUGAAUCUGAGCGAGCAAGAGAGCGCAUUCUGGAACGAUACAGUUUGUAUCCAAGGAAAGAAGAGAAGAGCACAGAAGAAGUGUAUUCAGAAGACAGAAUUUUUGAGACACCAAAAACUAUUGGAAAAGUAUGCCCGAAGACUAAAGAACUAGAAUUUGGAGGAAAGAUUGGUGCCUUUUUCAUGAUAUUUCUCCUGCCUGCAACAGUAUUUUAUUUGUUGUUAAUGUGCACACAGAAAGAUCCCAGUGUCCUAAAUUUUCCUCCUUCCCUACCAGCUUUUGAAAGCUUAUGGGAGGCAAGAGUGUUUGGUGUCUUUCUGCUUUGGUUCUUUCUCCAGGCCUUGUUUUACUUACUGCCUAUAGGAAAGGUUGUAGAAGGAACACCCCUUUUGGAUGGAAUGAAGUUGCAGUACAGGAUAAAUGGAUUCUACGCUUUUAUCCUAACAGCUGCAGCUAUAGGAAUAUCUCUUUACUUUGACAUUGAGUUUUAUUACAUAUAUGACCAUUUCCUUCAGUUUGCUGUCUGUGCUACAGUCUUCUCUCUGGUGUUAAGCAUUUAUCUCUAUGUCCGUGCCCGGAAUGCAUCUGAGAAGGAAUUAGCACCUGGAGGGAAUUCUAGGAAUAUAAUUUAUGAUUUUUUUAUGGGACGUGAGUUAAAUCCCCGCAUUGGAAAUUUUGAUUUGAAAUAUUUCUGUGAAUUACGACCAGGCCUAAUUGGCUGGGCUGUUAUUAACUUCACAAUGCUCUUGACUGAGAUGAAAGUGCAACAUCUGAAUAUGCCCUCUUUGUCAAUGAUCCUAGUUAAUAGUUUCCAGCUCCUGUAUGUGGUGGAUGCUCUUUGGAAUGAGGAAGCAAUUUUGACAACUAUGGACAUCACCCAUGAUGGAUUUGGAUUUAUGCUAGCGUUUGGAGACUUGGUGUGGGUUCCCUUUCUCUACAGCCUACAAACCCUUUAUUUAGUGAAUCAUCCUAAUGAGAUUUCUUGGCCUACAGCUUCAGGAAUUGUGGCUCUAAAUAUUCUUGGAUAUUACAUUUUCCGUCGUUCAAAUUCACAAAAAAACUCAUUCCGAAGAAAUCCAAAGGAUCCAAAAUUUGCUCAUUUGAAAGUUAUUCCUACUGCAACUGGAAAAAAUCUCUUGGUCUCUGGCUGGUGGGGCUUUGUGCGUCAUCCUAACUAUUUAGGGGAUAUUAUCAUGGCCUUGGCUUGGUCCCUACCUUGUGGUAUCAAUCAUAUUUUACCAUAUUUCUAUGUGAUAUAUUUUACUGGUUUGCUUAUUCAUCGUGAAGCCCGUGAUGAACGUCAGUGUAAGAAAAAAUAUGGCUUAGCGUGGGAAAAAUACUGUCAUCGUGUACCAUAUCGCAUCUUUCCUUAUAUCUACUGAUCUUUCUUAAACUGGUGGAUAAUACACAUUUCCUGCAGUUAAAUAUUUUUUGCCAUAAACAACAUACCUCAUACCAUUGCACUUGGCAUAUAUGUUGUCUCUGCUGGAUUUUCUUAAAGAUGAGUUCGGAACUAGCAGAUAUCUUUA